AUGAGUAGACGAAGAAAUCCGCUUAAUCUAAGUAUACCGACGUCAACGGUUCAUGAAGUUGAUCAACAACGAGUGGAAUCUGAAAUGGAAUUGAGUACCUUUCCAAUGGAGGAACAGCUAAUGCAAAUGGCAUUAACCGAACCACAAAAACGACGAAUGCAAGAAUGGAUAAAAGAAAAAAAUUUGGUGCCGACCGACGGGCUGAAUGAAGAGAUGCUGGAAAAAAUUAGUGAUCUUGGACAUGGGAACGGUGGAGUAGUUCAUAAAGUAAUAUACAAACCAACGAGAGUGACGAUGGCUAGAAAAUUGGUACAUCUUGAAGUAAAACCUUCCGUACGGAAUCAAAUUCUAAAGGAGCUUGAUGUGUUAAACCGUUGUAAUAGCCCGUACAUUGUUGGCUUUUAUGGAGCUUUUACCGAUAAUAAUGAUAUUUCUAUUUGCAUGGAAUAUAUGGAUGGUUUAUCGCUCGAUGUUGUUCUGAAGAAGGUUGGACGUAUAAGUGAACCACGUGUUGGUCGCAUUUCAGUUGCGGUAAUAAGGGGAUUAUCAUAUUUAAAGGAAGAGCAUAAAAUCCUGCAUCGAGAUAUAAAACCGUCAAAUAUUUUGGUCAAUACACGAGGAGAAAUUAAGCUUUGUGAUUUUGGCGUUUCUGGAAUGUUGAUAGACAGCAUGGCCAACAGUUUUGUUGGCACUAGGUCGUAUAUGGCGAAAACUGAGACUAACAUUUAUUUGUUCCAGCCAGAACGCUUAACUGGAAGCCAUUACAACGUACAGUCCGAUGUUUGGAGUUUUGGUUUAUCAUUGGUGGAACUCUCAGUCGGUCGGUAUCCUCUGCCUGCUUUGACAGCUCUUGAUUAUCAAACAAUAUUUGGUAUUGAACCUGACGAUGUUGUUCUGGGGAACGGUCAAGUCCCACCACCUUCAGCACCCGCGACUAGUCCGAAGAGCAUGGCAAUUUUUGAAUUAUUAAAUUAUAUUGUGAAUGAGCCUGCACCAUCAUUACCACGUAACGUCUUCUCGGACAUUUUUAUUGAUUUUGUGGAAAAAUGCGUCAAGAAAAAUCCAAUUGAAAGGGCAAACUUGAAAACCCUCAGUAAUCACGAGUUCUAUAAAUUGUAUGCUGAUGUUGACGAUAAUGGUGAUUUCGCUAAUUUUGUGAAGUCCACUAUUGGGAUGGAUUCGGCAAAAAGUUCUCCCAGUAGCUGA